AUGCUUGUUCAGAAUCUAACGGCAGUGAGAAAGCUUUGUCUUGAUGCAGUAGACAUGUCCAUGGUUUCACCCAUCUCCUUCGCAAAUUUGUCUUCUUCUUUGACACGUUUAAGAGUUUCUGCCUGUUCCUUAAGGGGAAGGUUUCCAGAUAUUGUUUUCCGACUUCCUAGCUUUACUAUUCUCUUUGCAAAUUCCAAUCCCCUCAUGUCCGGGAGUCUUCCCAAAUCCAAUUGGACCGGUCCUCUUGCGUACUUGUCUCUUGAAGGUACAAGCUUUUCAGGAGAAAUACCCGGUUCAAUCGGCAACAUGAAGAGGUUGACGGUUUUAGUUCUUAGUGAUUGCAGAUUCACAGGACACAUCCCCUCAUCACUGUGGAAUCUCGAGCAACUCCAAAUUUUAUAUCUAGCCGGGAAUAACUUUAGCGGGGUCGUAGAUUUCGAAAACUUCACAAAGUUUAAAAGUCUCCAAAUGCUUAAUGUUUCCCUAGAGCUAAAUCUAACCCACGACACCCUGGAGUAUACAUUCCCGAUGCUCGAAGUGUUGGGGUUGCCUUCUUGCAACUUGACCAAGUUCCCCCCUUUCUUGAGUUCGUUAAAAAGAUUGAUACGCUUGGACCUCACUUUCAAUAGGAUUAGUGAGGAGAUUCCUUCUUCGAUUUGCCAGUCGAGUUCGCUUCAGUAUCUGAGCUUGGGUAAUAACAAUCUCUCUGGGAAUAUGCCACCAUGUGUUGGUAAUAUGACCAAUCUCGUUUAUCUAUACUUGAGCGGCAAUAAGUUACAAGGGCCGUUACCGCGCUCCCUAGUCAAGUGUGUGAACUUAUCGGUACUAUUUCUCGGUUACAAUAAGUUCGCUGAUAUAUUCCCACAUUGGCUGGAAGCACCACGACUAUAUGCCCUUGAUCUACGUGUCAACAGAUUUUAUGGUAGUAUCAACCUCACUGCCUUUGGACUCGUCUUCCCUGCUCUUGAGUACUUACUUAUUUCCUACAACAGUUUUACUGGACAGUGGCCCACAGAGGUUUUCUCAAACACCUCAUUGGCUGCGUUAGACUUGUCUUACAACGAGUUUGGAGGACCAAUUCCACUUCCAUCUCCCUUCACGUUUUUUUAUUGCAUUGCUGGCAAUAAUUUUACGGGAAAGAUCCCUUCUUUGAUAUGCGAUGCCAGCAAGCUCGAGCACCUCGACUUGUCAAAUAACAGCUUAACUGGUAGCAUGCCUCGGUGCUUAACAAAUUUCAGCAUCGAUCUGUCAAUUUUCAACUUGCGAAUGAAUCGCCUUGAGGGCACAAUUCCUCAAUCAUUUUCUUGGAGAAAUAGCUUGGCGACUCUUGACUUGAGUCAAAAUCGGUUGGAAGGCACAUUGCCCCGGUCCCUCAUCAGAUGUGAUUAUUUGGAAAUUCUGGAUCUCGGUAACAAUCGCAUAGAGGAUGGAUUCCCAGGAUGGUUGGGUACACUCCCAGAACUAAAAGUUCUCGUUUUGAGAUCCAACAAUUUCAAGGAUAAUUUGGAUUUACCUAUGGGAGCUCACCUCUUCUCCAAGUUGCGCAUUUUGGACCUAUCCGACAACAACUUUGGCGGUCCUUUGCCAUCCAAUUUGAUAAUGCACCUUGAAGCCAUGAUGAAUAGCGAAAAUGACCAAAGCAAUUCAUUGUAUAUGACACGGUUUUUCGGAAGGGUGGUAGGAUAUGAAAAUUCAGUCAUCAUAAGCAUAAAGGGGCAGAUUCAGCUACUGGUCUCCUUGACCGUCUUCACAAUCAUUGACUUGUCGCACAAUUCUUUUGAAGGGGAUAUCCCAGGAGUUAUUGGACAUCUUCACUCUCUCAUAGGGCUCAACCUUUCUCAUAAUCACCUUACUGGUUCCAUCCCCGAUAGUCUAUGGAAUUUGACCAAUCUUGAAUGGCUUGAUCUUUCUUCGAACAAGCUUGGUGGUGUAAUUUCUAGGAAAUUGGGAGAUUUGGCAUCCCUUGGGUACUUAAACCUCUCGAAGAACCAACUCACUGGUCGAAUUCCUCAAGAUAAGCAUUCGAGCACAUUUUCAAGCGACUCAUUUGGUGGGAAUCCAGGAUUAUGUGGAACUCCGUUGCCUAAAGCAUGCCUUGACGAUGCUCACCCUCCUCCACCAAGUAUCAACCGGAAAGGGUAUGAGAACUGGAUCGAACAGAAUGUAUUGUGGGUAGGUUAUGCAACUGGAAUUGUAAUUGGGAUUUCCAUAGCGUACAUUACAUUUGAAACAGGAAGGCCCAAAUGGCUCGCGCGACGUGUGAGAAUGCUGGAGAGAAGAGCAACUGAGUGGAUGGAGAAGCCAAAGCAGAAGGCCAUCAAGUUUCAUGGACAAUGA